AUGUGCCGUAGUAGAGCCUUUUACCUUACUACAAAGUUCCGGCUUCAGGGAUUCGCCAGUGAUCGAUGUGCGAGGAAAGGAAAGCGCGUGGGUGUCCAUUAGAGGCCUCGUAGAUAUAAUUAAUCACACCAGGGUUUCGGCUGAAUGGUUAUUAUGUUCACGCUGUGAACGCGGUGAAUGAUGGAGACUGCGGAAACGGCGCCGUUCCGGAUCGGCUCCACUGUACGGGCGCUGCGGUGUGCUCUGCGGAGGGAAACCGGACACGAAGCCGAGUCCGAGCACACCGAAAGCGGGGAGAGGAGCACCAGCGAGCGGGACAAGCUCUGGUUUAAAGAGAGCAGCGCCAAAAACCUGCGAAACCGAGACUUCCUGGCGCCCAACACGGUCCUGGCCACGCUUUACUCUGACGGACAGGUUCCUCCGGGUAUUCUUAGGCGUGUCCUCUCUCUUCGUGGAAAUGGUGUGCUACCGCUUGCAGGAUGUGACAUCACAGCGGAGGGGCUGCGUGUAACAGUGGACCGUUGCACAGUAUUCCAAGGCGUUCUGUGUGGGAUAAACGCGUACCUGAGACCUGCCACUCAAAGACAGGGUUGUGUUGUUAUAAACUGCCCCGCACUGCAUGCCAAACAAGCUCUGCCCACUCCAGACACUUUGACACUGGGGCAGCUCCGCACUGUCCUUAUCGCUGACCACCUUAGAGCAGUGCUCCUGAGACAAGGUUACUCUGUGUCCUUCUGUCCUGCCCUGCCUGAGGACAGCGAAAUCAUCAGCUUCCUCCGAAUCCUGGGCAUUGAUUGGCCGGCAGCGUCUGUGAGCUGGAACAGUGAUGAAAGAGAAGAAAAGAUGAGGAACGCCCUGGAGAACUGUUCCUACAGAGAGACAGAUGGAGAGAGAGGGAAGAGGGCGAGUAAGGGAGAGGAUGGAGGGAUGACUGAGGAGGUCAGGAUAAACCUGAAACGAGUGAUGGAGGAUGUAGAGCUGCAGGGUUAUGACCCCACUCUUGGCACCUGCACAGUGCAGCGAGAGGCACUUUGUCAUCUGGCUCAGCUGGACAGAGCGAUGGACGACUUUCCUGCAUCCACAGCUACAGUGCUGCACGUGACUUCCUGUCAGGAUGAGUUCCGCCAACAACAGACGGCCAUGCUUUGGAGAGCUACCAGCGCCAUGGCAACGCAGAGGCUGGUAGUGUGUGGUCCAGUAAAGACUCCAGGCACUCAAAUGAACGCAGCUCAAUACCUGCAAUUAAGAAGAGCCCAGAUGAAAGAAGCUUCCGAAAUGAAAUAUGGAGAGCAAGUGGAAGGACAAACCUGGGAUGACAUCAUCAGAGUGAUGACUUGUGCCACAGUGCGGUUUGAGCUGCUUUCCACAGCACACACUAGCCCUGUGACUCUGGAUGUACAGCGUGAAGUGGGCGUGUCCACAAAAGGUCCCAGGGGAGGAGUCUUUGUUAUGUAUAACUGUGCAAGACUACACACGCUGUUCAGCAGCUAUGAAAAAGGCGUACAGCAAGGCAUCUACCCCGAAAUCCCUGCAGGCACAGAGCUGGAUUUUUCCUCUCUAAAAGAAGAGGGGGAGUGGCUUCUUCUUUUCAAUUACCUCAUCCCAUUCUCUGAGCUUCUGGACCAAUCAGGACAGACGCUGGAGCUGGAGGGGGCGGGAGCCAGAGUUAAUUUAAGAACAGAGCAGGUCUGCAGAUUCCUGGUGUCUCUCAGUAAAGACUUUAGUUCGUAUUACAACAGAGUACAUGUACUUGGGGAGCCGUUACCUCAUCUUUUUAAUCAGAUGUUUUGCCGGUUGUUGUUGCUGAAGGCUUUGAGGGAACUUUACCACAGCGCCUUGGAUUCUCUAAAUCUGCCCCCGAUUCCACAGCUAUAGCUCUGAGUGAGACGACCCCACCAGUACAUCGAAAGGAACAAUCCAUACAUAGAAACGUGCCUGAAAUGUUUAAGAGUAACUAGGAAUGUACCUGAAAAGUGUUGCAAAGCUUCCACGAUCACUAUAAAAGCCACCAAGAAGUAUUAAACAAAUUUUCCGUAAUUGAACCUAACUUCCUCAAUUUCACCCAAGGUACUAUAAUACUUGCUUUGGUUCCCAAAGUCCGUAAAUAUUUCUCAUCUUCCAAGCUAUAGUCUUUAUUUAAAUGCAACUAAUAAAGUACGAGUUUGAAUUAGAUAUUCUCUACAGAAACCCCAUAACAGCCACUACACAUGAUCUAAUGCUGUAAUAAAUACUGCACCGUAACUGUCUUUUCUCCUUGUUAUGUGUUUUCCUUUAUACCACAGCGCUGUUGUGCUCCUUUUUACUAAUUCCAUGUUUCUAUAGUAACAGCUCAUUUACAGGGACUUGUUAUGGUUCCACAUAACCAAUAUAAAGUGUAACAGAUUCCUACAUGAGUUAUAUAUUUCAAAGAAAAUGGUCAGUUCGUUGAUACGGUGCAGUUUUCUGUAUAUAGAGCUUUAUUUAAUAUUUAUGGAAGGAGUCUAUAGUGUCAGUGCUUUGUAAUGGUCAGUAAGCUUCACCUACAGGAGAGUCUUCAGGACAGAGGACACUUUUGCACCUUGUGGAUUCUCAGUAACAUAACAAGCUGCAUGUUUUUGGUUAUAAUUAACUUCAAGAUGGAAGAGGAAGAAAAAGCCGUAGUCUUUAAAAUUUCCCCAUUCAUAGCUUUCAUUUCACCUCAGAGGUGCUGCAACUUUUUCAUAACUCCUACCAUUGUUUUGUACUUCUUGGUGCUUUGUCAUGUCAAUACGUCGUCCAACGCGUGGUGUACGAGACCUAAAGACGUAAACGCACACUGUUCAACAGUCUCAGAUGUUUGUUAGAAAAUGGGGUUUAACUAAUGCUUUGUAUUAAGCUUUCAUUAACUAAUGUUAUUUAAUGCAUUCGUUAACAUUAAUCUUCAGCUUCAGCAUUAUUAACAUGUUAUUAAUAAUUAAUAACAUGCUAUUGCGUUCAUCAGUGUUUUUGAUCGGCUGUGUUUUAUUCAGUCCAUGACUAAAAAUAAAAUCCAUGUAUAAAUUUGCAAAAUGUAAAUUACAGUUCCUAAAUGUUCAUAAUUUCCUGGUGUAAAUACUGGAACUUGCUUUUCAGCCUUAGUUCCAGGUUUUUGUCACAUCCUCAAAAGCUUCACUAUGAUCUUCAUUUUACUGAUUGACUUAAGUGUAGAGAAAUGGAGGAGGCGAUUAUUUUGUUUAAUUGGUUUAAAACGUUAAUUUAAAAAUGUUAAUUACUAUGAUAAUGUGUUUAUGAUUUAUUAAUGCUGAAGGUCAUGGUUUGUUCAUGCUAAUUACUGUGUUAGUUAAUGAAGCUUUAAUGCAAAGCAUUACAGAGUUUUAUACAGGCAUGAAAGUCACACACUGUGGAGCAACUUCAUCAUCAUCAUCAUUAAUCCACACUUUACAGCUAUUCACGUGCCAUAGAGAGUAAAUGCCACUCUGCCUGUAGUCUGGCUCUGUAUAUCUGUCCCAAUACAUGUCAUCGUUCUGUGUGUUUGUAUGCACAUGUAAAGAGAGAGCUAAAAAGUCUUUGUCAGUUUAAAUGACUGUAUUAUUAAAAAGAACAAUCAACUCUGUUUUAAUCAAUAAAUCUGUGUUUAUCUCA